AUGGGUGUCCUGGACGAUGGGGGCAGCGGUAAAAGCAAGUCGCUCGACUUCCGCUCGCGCCACCAGCUGCUGGUGGCGGUGUUCGCGCUCGGCGCCUGCGUCGGCGUCGUCCUCGCGGAGCGCAUAUACAUAGCCACAAACCGCGAGGACAUCCUGAACGGCGUCAGCGCGUUGGGCGGCGCCGCGGCCGCGCAGGAGCUCGCGGCGAUCGCGGCGGACGUCGGCGAACCCGCAACCGCCUCUGCGGCUGAGCGCGCCGCCGCCGCCGCGCGCGCCGAGGCCGUCGCGAAAGACCCUGAGUUGAAGCUCCUGAAAUCCUACUUGACCAUGAUAGCGCCGGAGAGAGAAGUGCUGAUCGGGGUGUCGAAUAAGAACCCCAUGCUGGAGGGGAUGCUCGACACAUGGCUCGAGGGCGUGAAGCAGGCGGGGCGCGGCGGCGCGCCUCGGUCGACCUUUCAGUUGGCCGUGGCGGCGCCUCGCGGCCGCGCGCGCCUGGCUCGCGCGGCGGCGGCGGCUUCGGCGGCGGCGGCCGUGGCGCCUGUGACCAACUACCUGGUGGUGGCGCUGGAUGAGGAGACGGUGGAGGGCAUGAAGCAGCGGGGGGUGAACCACUUCUUCAUGCCCAUAAAGGUGUCUAAGGCGCAGGCCGACACUGGCGACAACCACUCCAUCAGCGCCCUCAAGUUUGGCAUCAUCAAAAAGUUCCUGACGGUGGGCUGGGCGGUGCUGCUGUCCGAUAUCGACAUCGCCGUGCUGCAGAACCCCUUCAAAUUUCUGUACAGGGAUCAUGAUGUGGAAGGCCAGACGGACGGAUUUGAUGUGCAGGGGGCCUAUGGCGCCAUUGACGGCGUCGACGACCCCUCAAUGGGCUGGGCCAGGUUUGCCCAGAAGAUGGCCCACUUUAACAUGAACAGCGGCCUCUUCUACCUCCGCUCCAAUCAGCGCACCAUCGACCUGAUGCAGCGCCUGGAGACCCGCCUCGCGCGGGAGAAGUACUGGGACCAGUCGGCGUACAACGAAGAGAUGUUCAUCCUUAGUCACGGGGACUACAAGAGCGCCAUGUCGCUGCAGUCGCUGCUGCUGCUGCUGCUGCUGCUGCUGCUGCUGCUGCUGCUGCUGCUGCUGCUGCUGCUGCUGCUGCUGCUGCUGCUGCUGCUGCUGCUGCUGCUGCUGCUGCUGCUGCUGCUGCUGCUGCCACGGCUGCCGCUGCUCAGCUGGCGGGUGACUGUGCGCGUGAUGGACAUCUACCAAUUCAUGAACAGCAAGACGCUCUUCAAGCGGGUCCGGCAGAUGCCCCUGGACCAACAGCCGCCCUCCCCGGUCAUGGUGCACAUAAACUACCAUCCAGACAAACACGAGCGGAUGAAGGCCGUGAUGAGAUACUACCUCAAGGGAGACAAGCUGGCGCUGCAGCCGUUCCCGGGGGGCAGCGAGCCGGGGUCGUGA